AUGGCAAUCAACCAAGAGAUGCCGGAAGAUGUGUUGAUGCUUAUCCUAUCUCGGCUCCCGGUACAAUCACUCCUCCGAUUCAGAUCAGUCUCCAAAUACUGGUAUUCUCGUAUCCAAAACCCUAGCUUCAUUUCCCUCCACAACAAUCGCUCCCGAAAAAAUGACUCCCUCCUCGUCACACGAUACCCCAAAAAGGAUUCUAAUUCCACCCCGUCCCCAGUCUCCAACGAAACUUCAAUCCUUGAUCUAGACGUACGUUUCGGCAGACCACGCGUUGGAGAUCUCCACCUCCUCGGCUCUUCCAACGGCCUCGUUUGUCUAGCCGAUCGCUCCGCCGAAAUCAUCAUCGUGUUGUGCAACCCCGCAAUGAGAGAAUUCAGGGUACUCCCUCAAAUCCCUCUUAAUGGCGCAAGUUGUACCAAUUUAGGAUUUGCUUUUGAUCCCAAAACCAAUGAUUAUAUAGUGCUUAGGGUUGCCCCACGAUUUGAAUAUGACCUUAUGAUUUGUUCUUAUACGUUGGUCGAUGAAAAAGUUCAAAUGUACCAUAUGAGCACGGACUCGUGGAGAGAAAUCAUUGUUACGGUGCCCAAAGAUAUGAUAUGGCAUGCCGGGCUUUCGCUUUCGCGUUCCACAUUGUUUAAUGGGGUGCUUUAUUGGGUGGGGUUUGAUCUUUGUUGCCGUUAUAGAGUUAUUGCUUUCCACAUGUUUGACGAAUUAUUCGAACAAGUAUUUUUACCCGAGGACAUUUGCGUUAACUCUAGGUCUAGCAUUAGCGUUCUGAGAGACUCCCUUGCCUUUGUUAGUUCGUUGGAGUUUAACGGGUUGGGAAACUAUUCAUGCUUCGACAUAUGGGUAAGGAGUGGAAACGGAGUUGAGGAUCUCUGGAACAAAAAGUACAGUAUUGGACCGAUUUUAGGAAUUUAUGAUCCAUUGGCAUGUCGGCAAAACGGCGAGCUUCUUCUUCUGAGGGACAAUGAUUUCCAAAUGGCGUCGUACAAUCUUGAUACACAUCAGGUUAAAACGUAUCAGGAAGGAUACGAUAAGUUUCACGUAUGCUUCUGUGAAGUGUCCAGUACCGUGCUGUGCACUUCCGAGCUGUCGGAUCGUGCUGCACACCUCCGAGCUGUCGGAUCGUGCAUCCGACAACUUGGAUCUCAGCUUGGCAACCAACGAUCGAGAGCUCACAAGACGUUGCAGUGGAAACUGAUUCCUAAGUUUUAUUUUCGGGUUUCUUCUUUCACCGCAGAAGAGACCCGUGACCACUUAUACGAAGAAGCCAACCACACUCGGAUAACAAUCAGUACGCAGACAUAUGAGAAAAGCCUUAGCAGAGGGCGGGACUAG